AUGUCGCCACAAGUCGUGGGAUCUCCCGCCAAAAGUCCUUUCCCGGUGAUGGAAGUCCAAGGCGCAGUAAAUCUUUCCUUCAGCCAACAUCGUGUCGCGCUCUGGCCGGCCAUACAGCAAAUACUUCCUAGCGGUUUCGUCACUGUCCGAGCAGAGCUUCCAGAGGACUACAUAGUCGAUAUUGAGAACCGGCGAGCGCAGCUGCCGAUACAUAUCGAUCGUCCCUACGGCACUGUCCCUGAGAGCUGGCUGAUGAGCCUCCCGCAAUCGGCAGUCAAAGGCCUUGCAGAUGCCUAUUUUGCCGUCUUCCACCGUAACACGCCGAUCCUUGACAAGUAUCAUUUCUUCUCAAGCACACUAGGCACAGCUAUGGAGAACGAGUUCGGGUACGACGUGGAGUCUGCGCUGGUACUCAAUGUGCUUGCCUUAGGUUGCUUAGCUGUCAAGGCUCACGAGGAAGGCGACUUUGCUCUUCCCUCGCGCCACUCUCCAGCCAGACGUGGCUUCGUGCACCCGGAUUGGUACGAACUCGUUGCAGAUGAUCCACCGGGGCUCAAAUUCUUCAACGAAGCAAGGCAUCGCUUCGGCUUCCUCAUGUGCGAUAACGAUGUUCAAGCAGGUCAAUUUUACAUGCUUUCGACUCUGUAUUAUGCUCAGAUUCUCCGGCCUCUCGAUUCUUGGACCACCGUGAACAGGGCGGCCCUCUGUUGCGCUAGCAUUCUCACCCGCACGGGAGCGAUUGACUAUGACACAUGGGAGGGCGAUAUGUUAUCACGACUGUUUUGGUGUACUUUGAUGUACGAAACAGUCAUCACACAGGAACUGGACCUACUUCCGCAUAGCGGCCUAUUAGACUACGAGCCAGAUACGCCUCUACCGAAGUUUACCCAAUGCCCACGGCCAAAGACGUCCAUAUCGGGACUGCUUACCGAUGAAGAGGACUCUUUCUUCAACUUCCACUUUCUCGCUCAAGCGGCCCAUCGCAUCAUCCUGACACGCGUAAAGCAGAGCCUGUAUACCUUUGCGGAGAAAGACGGUUACCCCAGCGCCAGUUUGACAGCAGAAAUGCAUCACCAACUAGAGCAGUGGCGCGCAAACCUCCCACCGUCGCUUCAGUUCUCCGACACCGACAACGCCAGUGACUCACCCAGCCCUGCACACGUCAUCGCGAAGGCCAUGCUGCGAAGCCGCUACCUCGUCGCAAAGUUCCACAUUGGCCGUCCGUUCCUCUACAAAGCGCUGCAUGCACCAGCGUUCACCAGUGAUGCAGAGUACAACGAGGUGCGCGAGGGUCUGCGCGGUGGCAUGUACUGGCCAACUACCAUGGGUCUUUGCACGCAAAUGUUGUCGGCUCUACCAAUCAAGUUUGGGUGGUGUUGUCAGUGCUUUGGACAGGUGCUAUUGUUUCACGCCGUAGCGCAGUCGCCAGACCCAAGAUUACGAGAAACGCUGCCGGAAGGAUGGCGCGAGUGGGUAGGUAUCAUGAUGACCUUGAUCGAGAGUUGUGCGAGAAGCAGUCCUGGUAUUGCAAAGGACUACGAGCUAUUGCGCUUGUUGGACGCCUAG